CCCCAAAGAGUAAACCAUCUGCUUGUGCCCCACAUCACCGGCUGGAGCUUUCGCAGUCAGCUGUUGCCCCAUGAUAGUGCCACUGCCCGUCGAGUAAUAAAUAUUCGGAGCAACAUGGAGAACGUGUCCAAGAUCUGGCUGGGGCCCCUGCCCGCGGACUCCCCGUACGUGAAGCCCUUCCGGCUGUACUACGUCCAGAAUGGCAAGGAAAAGAACUGGGAUCUGCUCAAGGUCCACGACAGCGUGGCCAUCAUCCUGUACAACACCACUCGCCAGAAGCUGGUGCUGGUCCGACAGUUCCGCCCAGCCGUCUACCAUGGCAUCCUCACCAGCGCCGAGGGCAACUUCAACGAGGUGGACCUCACCAAGUAUCCGCCCUCGAUUGGGGUCACCCUGGAGCUGUGCGCCGGCAUUGUCGAUAAGGAGAAGAGCUGGGCGGAGAUUGCCCGCGAGGAGGUUUUGGAGGAAUGCGGCUACGAUGUUUCUGUCGAGCGCAUCGAGGAGGUCAUGGUCUACCGAUCUGGCGUAGGCUCCUCGGGUGCCAAACAGACCAUGUACUACUGCGAGGUGACCGAUGCCGACAAGGCCACCACUGGCGGCGGUGUCGAGGACGAGAUCAUCGAGGUGGUUGAGCUGUCCCUGCCGGAGGCCCAGCGCAUGAUCCAGAAGGGAGCCGUGAACAACAGCCCGCCCAGCUGUCUGAUGGGCCUGAUGUGGUUCUUCGCCAACCGGGCUCCCAGUGCCAGCGCCUAGACGAGGCCUCGUCGCUGUUGUUGACACUCACCCAGAUAAGCGGCGGCCGUGAUAAGAUGAUAAGAUGAGGAGUAGCAUCCGCAGUGUUGCCUUACUAACUCGGACUAGCUAAACACACACGUAUUCAAAUGCUUUCCAAAAAAACCGCGAACAUUGUGAGUGCGCCCAGCGCAUAAUAGUCUAUCCCAAAACUAAAUGAAAUUCCGCCCCCAAAGAGGCUCACCUUA